CGUAACGUCCUUGUCAAAGCGAAGAAGUUGCUUCUUAAAUUCCAAAAGGUGUUGGAGCAAGAGAAGAGUUGCAAAGAAAAAGGUGUGUGCCCAAUGUGCAGAGAGUUGGCGAAUAAAGUGAAAGAGUUGAUGAUAAAGAAGGAAGAAGAUGGCGUGAUUUUAAAGCAGCUCACCAAGAUCUGUAAAACAAAGGUUCCAAACAAACAAGCGAACUGCUUGGAAAUAGCGAUGAAGCUUUCUGAAGAAGCGAUGAAAGUGAAAGAUGCGACUUUUUUGAACACAGAAAACAUGUGUAGAAAGGCUGGUGCGUGUCGGUUGUAA